GCAGCGGUGACCAACCGUGACCCGUGACCGUGACCCGCGCCCGGCGGCGGCGGCGGCGGCAGAGGCAGACCAGCAUCAGUCGCGGCGGCGGCGGACACACAGCGAUCAAUUGGCAAUGGCGACCGUCUGCAUCGGCGAGAAAAUAAAGGACUUCAAGGUUUUAACGCUGCUCGGGAAGGGCUCGUUCGCUUGUGUUUAUCGAGCAAAAUCCGUGAGCACUGGUCUGGAGGUGGCAAUAAAAAUGAUUGACAAAAAGGCCAUGCACAAAGUGGGAAUGGUACAGAGAGUCCGCAACGAAGUGGAGAUUCAUUGUCAGUUGAAGCAUCCAUCUAUCUUGGAGCUUUACAACUAUUUUGAAGACAACAAUUAUGUCUAUUUGGUACUGGAAAUGUGCCACAAUGGAGAGAUGAGCAGAUAUUUAAAGAACAGGAAGGCUAAUUUUGCAGAGGAUGAAGCUCGACAUUUCAUGCAUCAUAUUAUUACUGGAAUGCUGUACCUUCACUCGCAUGGUAUAUUGCAUCGGGACCUCACUCUUUCUAAUCUUCUACUUACAAGUGACAUGAACAUAAAGAUUGCCGAUUUUGGAUUGGCUGCACAGCUCAAAAUGCCCAAUGAAAAGCAUUUCACCAUGUGUGGCACCCCCAAUUACAUUGCACCAGAGAUCGCGACUCGCGGUGCUCAUGGUCUUGAAUCUGACGUAUGGUCUCUUGGGUGCAUGUUUUAUACUUUUCUGGUUGGAAGGCCACCAUUUGACACUGACACUGUUAAAAACACACUAAAUAAGGUGAUGCUGGCAGAUUAUGAAAUGCCAACAUUUAUUUCAAAUGAAGCUCAAGAUUUGAUCUAUCAGCUGCUUCGAAAAAAUCCAGCCGAUCGCAUCAGUCUUUCUAGUAUAUUGGACCAUUCGUUCAUGAUGAAAUGCCCUACAUCCAAAAGUAAAGAUCCAAGAUCUGUAGAGAACUCGAUGGAUAGUGGGCAUGCCACAAUUUCAACUGCAUUUACCACAGGAACUGGAUCUUCAGGCACGAGUGCGUCAGGACGCCUACAUCAGAGGACAAAACAAGUCAUAGGACAGUUUCUUCCGAAUAAAAUAGCAGUCAUCACUUCACACAAUAGUAUUAAUGAUACUUCAUCCCAAGGAUUCAGUGCUGUAUAUAAUGAUGGAAGAGUACAAAAUACUGAAAUUAACAAAAGUGGUAGAGGAAGAGCUGUACAACAUGGAGACGAUGAACGACCUCACUCUCGAUGGCUUCGAAGGGCACACUCCACUGAUAGAUCUGGUAACUUUCAAAAUCAGAUUCCAGAAAAGCCAAACAGCAGCAUGGAACGUUGUCAGUCUGUUGAUGCACUGUCACAGUCAAUCAGACAUGGAGUGCACAAUCCUGCAAACUUAUAUCGAGAUGAUUAUGCAAAUAUUCCACAGUUUAAUAAAGGACUUUCAGAUAAUGUUGGGACUCGUGAUAAGCUCGCUAUGUCUCCUCCUGUUAAGCAGUCCACAAACCCAAACUUUACUUACCAGCCUAUUUCCAGUGGGCCACUCUUAGAGCAGAUAUCACAGGUCGGGCCAAUACAACACUGGUUUGAAAAUGGCCAGCCACAUCAUGCUUCAUUCAGAAAACCAAUGGAUAUCAGCACUACCAAUAGUUCUGGUGGCAAUUUCCAUAGUGAAAGAAAGCAGGUUCUAGAUGAAGUCGCAGCAGCAAAUACCUGGGCGAGAAAAUCCAGCAACACAGUGAAAACUGAUGAGCUUUCCCAAAAAGGCUACUUCAGAAAACAAAUGGAUAUUCAGAAAUGUGAAGGGGAUUCCAGGCAAUUAGACACAAAGUAUACCCGUCCUCAAGCUUUGAAACAAGCUUUAAAACUGGAAAGGCAGCCUGUUGAAACCCAAAAGAAGACAUUACAAGAGUUGGUGUCGCCACUGAAGGCCCACAGACUUAAAGCAAUCCGGCAAAAAACCAAGAAUGCAGUGGUCAGUAUUCUUGACUCUGAGGAAGUAUGUAUGGAACUUUUGAAAGGGAGUGGUGCUCAAGAAUGUGUAAGGGAAGUACUUAGAAUAUCCUGCGAUGGAAACAUGAUCCAUAUUUAUCAUCCUAAUGAAGGAAGAGGUUUCCCGAUAGACAACAGACCACCAUCUCCACCAGAGGAAGUAUUUGUUUACAGUUUUGAUGACUUACCAGAAAGUUAUUGGAAGAAAUACCAGUAUGCAUCAAAGUUUGUACAACUGGUGAGAUCCAAAACGCCCAAAAUCACACUGUAUACCAAGUAUGGCAAAUGCAUGUUGAUGGAGAAUGGUCCACAAGCUGAUGCUGAAGUCUGUUUUUAUGAUGGAGCAAAAGUUAACAAGACAUCAGAGAUUAUUCGUAUCAUAGAAAAAUCUGGGAAAUCUCACACACUCCGAGGAGGAAAAAUGAAUGACCUGGGUGAAGGAAUAAAAUGUUAUAUGGAACAUGCACAGGAGGCUCAUCAGACUUGUCUAGAGCUGGAAUCAAUUAUAGCUGCACAAGAAGGUAGAAAGGAAAAGCAGAUUUCAUUUUUCCCAAUAAUUAUUGGAAGGCGGCCUGCAAACAUUGAUUCUACGCUCUCCCCAACUUCAACAGUGGAUCGAAAGCAUGCAGUGCAGGAGCAACCACUGAUUCCGAGCCAGACUGCAAGCAUUAGUCCUUCAAUUUGUUUCUCUGAAGAAUCAAUUUUAACAACUUUCACUGAUGUUAAAAAUAAAUCUGUACCUUCAACACAGACCGUAAUAUCUCCAAGUCCAGGACAGGUGCUGAAAUCUGUUUUUGUACCUAAUGUUGGCUGGGCAUCUCAGCUCAACAGUGGAGAAGUCUGGGUUCAAUUUAAUGAUGGUUCUCAGCUCCUGGUGCAAGCUGGAGUUACAGCUGUUGUUUACACAUCUCCUCAGGGGCAAUCAAUCAGGUAUGGGCAGAAUGAGAGGAUUCCUGAUCAUGUGAAAGGAAAGCUACAGUGCCUCUCAUCAAUCCUCGGCUUGCUGGCAAAUCAAACAAACUAACAUUGAAGCCACUGACACAUGUAUAAUCUUUCAAAGUGUCAAUAUUGUCUUCUAAACAGUUUCUUGUACUUGUCAAUUGUUUUCUGCGAAUUAGAUUCAUAAGCUUCCCCUUUAUACAUGUUUCUGAAUAAUAACUAACAGUAGAUGCUUAAAAAAAGAUAAGUUGUUUGAUGUAGCACAUGUAAAUGCUAAACCCAAAGAUGUAAAUAAUUUUGUAUUUAUUGUAAUGUUUUCUUUUGUAUAUGGUAGAUUUUUUAUUUUUUCUAUUUUUCAUGUGCAGGUUAUUUUUGGGUAAACAAAACACAAUGCAUUGAUAUCAGUUGAAAUUGGCAAAUUGUAGGUUUGUAUUUAACAUGUGUAUAAAAGGCAUUUACACAAUUUGUAAGAAAAUUGUAU